CUGUCUCCGCGCGGCGCGAGCCUCCAGCCUUGCUCUUCCCACCCCCGGCGUGGCGGCGGCGGCUGAGGCGAGCGGGCGGCGGGCUCCAUGGAGAGCGGCGGACGCCCGGGCAGAGGCGGCGCUUCCUCCCCGGCAUCCGGGCUCCAGUGACCCGCGCUCGCGCCUCGUCCCUCGGCGGAGCGGGCGCCGGCCCCGGCCCUGACCGGCCUCGCCGCCCUCCCCGCGCAGCCGCCUCGGCCCCGGCGCCCCUGCGCCCCGACUCGCCCUCGCCCCCACACCCCGGCGGGGUGGCGGCGGCCGGCCCCCGCGGCGGCGGCAGCAGCAGCAGCAGCAGCAGCAGCAGCAGCAGGAGCAGGAACCCGCCUCUAUGAUGAAGUUCAAGCCCAACCAGACGCGGACGUACGACCGCGAGGGCUUCAAGAAGCGGGCGGCGUGCCUGUGCUUCCGGAGCGAGCUGGAGGACGAGGUGCUGCUGGUGAGCAGUAGUCGGUACCCAGACCAAUGGAUUGUCCCAGGAGGAGGAAUGGAACCUGAGGAGGAGCCUGGUGGUGCUGCUGUGAGAGAAGUCUAUGAAGAGGCUGGAGUCAAAGGAAAAUUAGGCCGACUCCUGGGCAUAUUUGAGCAGAACCAAGACCGAAAGCACAGAACAUAUGUUUAUGUUCUUACUGUCACUGAAAUAUUAGAGGAUUGGGAAGAUUCCGUUAAUAUAGGAAGGAAGAGAGAAUGGUUCAAAGUAGAAGAUGCCAUCAAAGUUCUUCAAUGUCAUAAGCCUGUACAUGCAGAGUAUCUGGAAAAACUAAAGCUGGGUUGUUCUCCAACCAAUGGAAACCCCACAGUCCCCUCCCUUCCAGAUAAUAACUCCUUGUUUGUAACCGCUGCACAGACCUCUGGGUUGCCAUCUAGUAUAAGAUAGAAUGAACAGGGAGGAUCUCUCCUACCAAGUACAAUCUCGUGGGAGAGCCUUCUUUUCCUUGGCAAACAUCUGAAUGACGCUUGCAAACUGUAUGAAUUUGCCAUGCAGGGUUUUCAAACAAUUUGCCUGUAUUUCAGAUGCUUUCAAAUCUUUUUUUUUAAAUAGUGUAAAAUAUUUUAAUAAGCCAAAGCCAUGUGGGAUUUUUUUUAGAUGCCUUAACUCUGUCCCCCUUCCCACCCCCCAUGUUAUUUCAGCCAUCGGUUAUUCGCAGCAUCUUUUCAAGGUUUCUGUCUAUUUGACAUUCUGGUUUUUGUCAGAUCAAUUCGCUUGUGGGCUUAUUUGCCCACUAAAUUGUUUUCUUAUUCACCUCAUUAACAUAUUCAAGAAAUGCUCCUGUUGUGGGAAUUUAUAAAAUAAUUCUUGGUAUUAAAUCCAUCCAUCCA